AUGGUCAUUUCUUUCUUUUCUUUCUUUAUAUCUAUCUAUCUAUCUAUCUAUGAUCAUUUCUUUUUUCUUUUCUUUCUUUCUUUCUUUAUAUCUAUCUAUCUAUCUAUGGUCAUUUCUGUCUUUCUUUCUUUCUUUAUAUCUAUCUAUCUAUCUAUCGUCAUUUCUUUCUUUCUUUUUUUAUUUCUAUCUAUCUAUCUAUCUAUCUAUCUAUCUAUCUAUCUUCUAUCUAUCUAUCUAUCUAUGUUCAUUUCUAUGUUCAUUUGUAUCUAUCUAUCUUUAUCACCCUCUCUAUCUUUCGAUCGAUCUCUCUAUGUUCAUUUCUAUCGAUAUUCAUUUCUAUCUUUCUUUGUAGCUAUUUCAUUCCGUUUCUAUCUAUCUAUCUAUCUAUCUAUCUAUCUAUCUAUCUAUCUAUCUAUCUAUCUCUCAGAACUUUCAUUUCUCCUCGUUAUUUCUUUUUUUUUCUUUUUUUCUUUUUCUCCACAUACGAGAACUGUCUUGUCACUAUUCAACUGUAUAUUAUUCAAAAUAACUGAGGCGCCACUGUGUACUGCUUCCAUAUUUAUUUCUGCUAUUAGCGUUACUCGUGAAACUUUUUCAACACAGUAUUAA